CUAUGGCAAAGGGCAGCGAAGUGACGAGCGAGACCCGCGUACGACUGUGAAAGCCACCUGGAGCCACCUUGCCGGGAUUGUACCUGCAGGCAGAAAGUCUUCCUACGACCGUCUUUUCCCCUAGAGGCACCAGAAUCUCUGUAACCAUUCAUCCAGGUGUUGAGAAGAUAUGUAGCAGCCGAGCACCCAUCUUUUGACACCGUCCUCUGAAAUCAGCUUUGGAGAUGCUUUCACUCUGUCCGUCUUCUGCAGCAGCCAGGCAGAGUGCCGACUCCUUCACAGCCGUGAGGAACUCUUCAGGCUCCAGAAGCUCUUAAAUCUGAUCUACAAUGGAAAAAAUUCUUUUUUAUCUGUUUUUCAUUGGCAUAGCAGUGAAAGCUCAGAUCUGUCCAAAGCGUUGUGUCUGUCAGAUUUUGUCUCCUAAUCUUGCAACCCUUUGUGCCAAGAAAGGGCUUUUAUUUGUUCCACCAAACAUUGACAGAAGAACUGUGGAACUGCGGUUGGCAGACAAUUUUGUUACAAAUAUUAAAAGGAAAGAUUUUGCCAAUAUGACCAGCUUGGUGGACCUGACUCUAUCCAGGAAUACAAUAAGUUUUAUUACACCUCAUGCUUUCGCUGACCUACGAAAUUUGAGGGCUUUGCAUUUGAAUAGCAACAGAUUGACUAAAAUUACAAAUGAUAUGUUCAGUGGUCUUUCCAAUCUUCAUCAUUUGAUACUGAACAACAAUCAGCUGACUUUAAUUUCCUCUACAGCGUUUGAUGAUGUCUUCGCCCUUGAGGAGCUGGAUCUGUCCUAUAAUAAUCUAGAAACCAUUCCUUGGGAUGCUGUUGAGAAGAUGGUUAGCUUGCAUACCCUUAGUUUGGAUCACAAUAUGAUAGAUAACAUUCCUAAGGGGACCUUCUCCCAUUUGCACAAGAUGACUCGGUUAGAUGUGACAUCAAAUAAAUUGCAGAAGCUACCACCUGACCCUCUCUUUCAGCGAGCUCAGGUACUAGCAACCUCAGGAAUCAUAAGCCCAUCUACUUUUGCAUUAAGUUUUGGUGGAAACCCCUUGCAUUGCAAUUGUGAAUUGUUGUGGUUGAGGCGUCUGUCCAGAGAAGAUGACUUAGAGACCUGUGCUUCUCCUCCACUUUUAACUGGCCGCUACUUUUGGUCAAUUCCUGAAGAAGAGUUUUUGUGUGAGCCUCCUCUCAUUACUCGUCAUACACAUGAGAUGAGAGUCCUGGAGGGACAAAGGGCAACACUGAGGUGCAAAGCCAGGGGAGACCCUGAGCCUGCAAUUCACUGGAUUUCUCCUGAAGGGAAGCUUAUUUCAAAUGCAACAAGAUCUCUGGUGUAUGAUAACGGAACACUUGACAUUCUUAUCACAACUGUAAAGGAUACAGGUGCUUUUACCUGCAUUGCUUCCAAUCCUGCUGGGGAAGCAACACAAAUAGUGGAUCUUCAUAUAAUUAAGCUCCCUCACUUACUAAAUAGUACAAACCAUAUCCAUGAGCCUGAUCCUGGUUCUUCAGAUAUCUCAACUUCUACCAAAUCAGGUUCUAAUACAAGCAGUAGUAAUGGUGAUACUAAAUUGAGUCAAGAUAAAAUUGUGGUGGCAGAAGCUACAUCAUCAACGGCACUACUUAAAUUUAAUUUUCAAAGAAAUAUCCCCGGGAUACGUAUGUUUCAAAUCCAGUACAAUGGUACUUAUGAUGACACCCUUGUUUACAGAAUGAUACCUCCUACGAGCAAAACUUUUCUGGUCAAUAAUCUGGCUGCUGGAACUAUGUAUGACUUGUGUGUCUUGGCCAUAUAUGAUGAUGGCAUCACUUCCCUCACUGCCACAAGAGUCGUGGGUUGCAUCCAGUUUACUACGGAACAGGAUUAUGUGCGUUGCCAUUUCAUGCAGUCCCAGUUUUUGGGAGGCACCAUGAUUAUUAUUAUUGGUGGAAUCAUUGUAGCAUCUGUGUUGGUAUUCAUCAUUAUUCUGAUGAUCCGGUAUAAGGUUUGCAACAAUAAUGGGCAACACAAGGUCACCAAGGUUAGCAAUGUUUAUUCUCAAACUAACGGGGCUCAAAUACAAGGCUGUAGUGUAACGCUGCCCCAGUCCGUGUCCAAACAAGCUGUGGGACACGAAGAGAAUGCCCAGUGUUGUAAAGCUGCCAGUGACAAUGUGAUUCAAUCUUCAGAAACUUGUUCGAGUCAGGACUCCUCUACCACUACCUCUGCUUUGCCUCCUUCCUGGACUUCAAGCACUUCUGUGUCCCAAAAGCAGAAAAGAAAGACUGGCACAAAGCCAAGUACAGAACCACAGAAUGAAGCCGUCACAAAUGUUGAAUCCCAAAACACUAACAGGAACAACUCAACUGCCUUGCAGUUAGCUAGCCGACCUCCCGAUUCUGUCACAGAGGGGCCCACGUCUAAAAGAGCACAUAUAAAGCCAAGUAAGUUUAUCACUUUGCCUGCUGAGAGAUCCAGAGCAAGGCACAAGUACUCCCUCAAUGGAGAAUUAAAGGAAUACUAUUGUUAUAUUAACUCGCCGAGCACAUGUGGACUGUUUCCUAAAAGAAGCAUGUCUAUGAAUGUGAUGUUUAUUCAGUCUGACUGUUCUGAUGGUCAUAGUGGAAAGGCAACUCUCAAAUUCUGAGGGACUACUGGAAAGCUCUGUGUAAUUUAUAAUUUCUUUUUCAUGAAAAAUCAUUUUGAGAACUCACAUAGAAGAUUGGAAUUUGCAAUUCCAAUGCUGUGUAUAAAUCAACCUUCUCAGGUACAGUAUAUAUAUAUACAUAUAUAACUAUAUAUAUGUGUAUGUAUGUAUAUGUAUACUGGAAGGAAACAUAAAUAAAAUGGAUAAGGGAAAAAGCAUGACAUAGCAGCAGUGCCUUUCCCUAUUCUAGGACCAACUCCUAGGACUAGCAACAGCAGAUUAAAAAAAUGAAAAUUGUUGUAGAAAAAAAGUAUUGCAUAAAAAAUGAUAUUUCUCUAAUUUUACAAAGGGCCACCUAUGGAUAAUUGAUAUUUUUAAUAAGUAGACUGUAUAUUUUCUUUCAAUGGUAAUAGUGUUUCCUUUGUUUUUAGGGAAAUGUUGUAGAGAACAACUUCAUGUUGCUAAAUUAUUUAAAAUAAAAUAUUCAAUUAGUAUACCGAGUUAAUGUUAAAAUUAGUUCACUUCUAAACAACAUCCUUGGUGCAGGUGCCUUAAUGGUUGUAAGAUAUUUCUCCUCUAUGAUACACCUUUUUCAGUGGAAAGGAGAAGAAAGUGCAAUUUAUUUUGCAUUUAUGAAAACUCUAAUCAGUUUUCAGUCACAGGCUACAAAUUCCUAUGCAUCUACAUGGACAUAUGAAGAUUUUUUCCUUCAUUUAAUACACAUUUUUUGAAUGAAUGAGUUUUAUGUUGUUCUUAAUACAAGAUAAAGAGGGAGACAAACAUACAAGACUGCCUUUAUCAAAGGGGUGUUUAUUUUUAUCACCAAGUAAAAUUUAAAAACUUCUAAUGGUGUUCUCAUUAUAUUUAUAAAUCAUACAAGUCAUUGCUCAUUAAGCAGAUAGUGGAUUUUUUUUCCCAUUUGCACUAUAGUUUUUGCAUUUGAAUGUUUUCCUUUUAAAGUAAAUGCAUUUGCUAUUUUAACCAAAAACUGUGGUAAAUUUAACUAGAAAUCAUGCCGCUUAAUGAGAAUACAUAAUUUUUAAAAACAGGAUUUUAAAUUUAGUAGAAACUAAUAUUGCUCCUGGAUAAUGUGGAAUUAUUAGAAAUUUACUGAAAUUAAGGUCUAUAGAUAAAUGUUUCUAUUCACUCCUUGAAAAACUUAAUUAUAUAAUAAUUUGAUGGUGUUCUAUUAAAGAUCUAUAAACAGGUUACCGUCAAAGAGGUUUUAUUUUGUUUUGUUUUGUUUUGUUUUGUUUUGAGAAUAAGGCUCACGUGAGAACUGACCCAUUGCUUUGCACAAAAGAAAUGACAUUUUAGCCAUAAUAUCAUAAGAUAGGUACUUUGCUGUCUUAUGUCAAGUACUCUUUGGGAGUAAGUUAAACACACAGUAAAAGUUUAUUAACUUUUUCAGAUCACUUGAAAUACCACUUAAGACACAAGUGAGGAAUGUGGAAUCAUUAAUUUCCUUCUGGUAGAAGCAUAUACACCAAUUUCAGUUACUGUUAACUUGACAAAGCCACAUCUUCUGAUACACAAUGUAUCAUGAUGCCAUUCAAUAGUAUGUAAGAUUAAAGUAGUUAGAGAUUACUUUCAGUGCCAGUCUUGAAAAUAAUUAUCCAAUGGGCUUUUUUAUUUUAGGUGUUUGCUAAAUCCCUUCUCUGCCCUGAUUCUCUUUCUAAAAAGUUUACUUUUCACAUUUGCAAAGUCUAAUUAUCCUUCACUGCCCAGUUAUUUAUUUCUUGUAAGGAAUAGAUGAGGUCACAUGUGGUCGUAGUUUGCGAAAUCAAAAGCAGCACUCAUAGUGAAAUAUAUUUUCAGUACUAUUAAUGUAGUAAUGCUCUAAUUCCAACUAAAUAUUUUUAAUUAACACAAUUGCCUAAUUCCUCAAUAGGUGUUGAUUUGCAGAAGCAUACUACUUUUUCCCUUCUUAGAUUUAUCAGCAUAGUAUUAAAAAUAUUGAACAUACAAAAGCUUGCAAGACUUAAAGAAAUGAAUCUUCAAAGACUUUCUGGGAUUAUGAAGGUUGUGAUCAAAGAUAAGGAUGCUCUGAAAUCAUGCAACAUUAGGAAGGUUAACAUAUGUACUAUAAGUUACUGAUGAACUUAGUAUUUUCCAGUAUUUUUAAAAAUCAAUUGCCUACUUAUGUUUCUAAUAAAGUUUGAUUAAAUAUCUUUCAUUUCUCAUAGACAUUUAAAAUUCCAUAUUUAAUCAUAUGAGAUUUAUUUUGUUUGACUAACACCAUUGAAAAUAAUUUAAUGUGAUUUAAUAUAUUUUUAAUAUGAUCAUUUUUACAAUAUUUAAACCAAAUGCCUGAACACUUGUUCUUAAAAAUGGUAGAAAGGUGAGUAUCUGGCCUGAGAUUUUGCCCUUCAAAAAGUCUAUAUUUUGAGAGAUUAACAAAAGACUGGCUUAUCAAGAAGGUCAAAAUUUUUUUGUAUUUGUUUAUAAACAGAUGAAGAAAUUUUUGCUUAAAGUAAUUGCAGUGUGAAGUGACUGAAAAGUAAGUCUACAGAAAAGUUGGGAAUGAUAUUACCUAUCAUGAUGUCUGAAACAUGAUUGUUGCUUAGAUGAAUAAAUGAGUAAAUGAAUAGGUAAAUAUGGCCAUGGAGUAAGGUGUGGAAAUAAGAAUUUUCAUUUGUUAGUACAAUACAAAUUUGUUAUCUAAAUAUUAUGUUACCAUAAGCAACAAAUUCUGUCCUUUUCUUGUUUUGCUUUCUGUCAUUUAUUAUUUUAUUCCUCAUUUAAACGGUCAUAUAUAUGUGAUCUGAAGCAUCUGGUUUGCUGUUUGUUGUUUCUGACUAUAUGAAGAUUAUAUAUACAUAUAUAUUAUUUUUGCUUCCUUUCUUAUUUUUCUUUUAUUUUUGUCAUUUUACAUUAUAGUUUCAGCUUGUUCAAUGUGAGAACCAACAAAAUAAUGUGUUUCCUGUUAUGCAUGUAUUAACGAUGUUUACUUCAAACUUUUUUUAAAAUUGUGUUCCUGCAUUAUUUUUGUCCCUUUUGAAUAAUUGUCCCCCAAUUGAAAAUAUAAAAUUAUUAUUACAGUAGUGUCAUAAAGGGAUAAUGAAGCAUCUAACGUAGCCCCAAAUUUUAAGAAGCAGUAUAUUUUAGUUUGAUAGAUAUUAUUUAUGUUAGUCUACAAAUAUAUAAAUACAGCAAUUUAAAGUAGACACAGUGGCUGGGCAUGGGGGCUCACACUGUAAUUCCAGCACUCUGGGGGCCCCAGAUGGGCAGAUCACUUGAGGUCAGGAGUUAGAGACCAGUCAGGCCAACGUGGUGAAACCCUGUCACUAGUAAAAACACAAAAAAAUUAGUUGGGGGUGUGGUAGGAAUCUGUAGUCCCAGCUACUCAGGAGGCUGAGGUGGGAAAAUCGCUUGAGCCUGGGAGGUGGAGGUGGCAGUGAACUGACAUCCCACCACUGCACUCCAGCCUGGGUGACAGAGAGAGACUCUGUCUCAAAAGAGAAGAAAAGAAAAGUAAAUAAAUGAAUAAAUAAAUUAGACACAGUAACACUCAAACUGUGGCCAAUUUAUUUCCCCCUUUUUUUUUUCCUAACCAUUAAAGGAGUCAGUGGGGGUCUCUGUAAGUUGUUUCAUGCUUUAAAACAGUGGGUUUUUACCUGCUUUGUAGAUAUAUUUUACUUAAAAUUUUGGAAUAGAAGUUUUGAACCAUUCUAAGAAAUCUCUAAACAUAACAAGUCUAAUCUUUGAAAGAUGCAUAAUUUCUCCACAAAUUUAUAAACAAUUAAAAAACAUAAAUGUGAUCCAGUAGUCUCCAGACAUAUUUUUCUUUUAGUUUUAAUGUAUUUUCUCUUCAAUUUAAACUACUUGCAUCCAAUAAAUUUUAUUAUUUUAUUUGCUUAUAUUUUUGAAAAGAAAAUAUAUCAUUUAUAAAGCUAAAAACUUUAAAAGUUGCCCUAAAAUUUA